UUGACCGCUGGUCUAUUCUGGCCAUCGUUGCCACAGCCUCGCGCAGGCAAGCCGGAUACUACAGAGACUUCAUCUUCCGCCAUCUCGACUUCAAGACUUUUCUUGGAGUCCACAUGCCUUCUGUUGGCUUUCCUACCUUUGCGUUAGAGUUCCACUUGCCAUUCUACGCCUUGAGGAAAUGUCGACACCCCGUUCAGGAUUGGCGUCGCCGGAGAAACGGCAAACCAUUGCGUCGCUCUAGGGCCUUGAAUUUCCUCGUUCUGGAUCCACCGGAUAACGAGGUCCACUCACCAACGGAUUGCAUCUAUGAGGCUCAACUCUCAUGCAUCGUCACCGGAUUCGAUGAGCGAUCCUGGGUCGGACUUGCGCUCGUGGACACGUACUACAAAGGGCAGGACAGCCGGGAAAGCGUCGAGUACUAUGCCGACCAAGGCAUGAGCGACGAGUCCAACUUCAUGGAUCCCUUAACGGGAGGUAAGAUUGACGCUGACAUCCCAAUAUGGAAACCAAGACAAUACUUCCUACGGGUCUUGGAGAGUCGCAUCGAUCAAGUGAGACAGGAAUGGCACAACGUCGUGUGUCGUCUCCUACAGCUCACCGAGCCAUAUACGCACGACUAUCUUCUCCAAACAGACGACCUGUUACCGGACCACACCGAGACAUACAACAAACGGGUCCAGCGCUUUUCCAACCGGACCAUCCGCUUUCUGCAACAAGUCAUCACCCUUCUUAGCAAAACAAUUGAAGCCUGGGACGCGUUUAGUAAAGGGGAUAUGGGCUACUUCUCCGAUCUUGAGCCGUCGUCUGGAAGGUCGGGUUCGUUCUUCCGGCUUCUUCUCACCAUUGACAAGCACGUGUUGGAGCUUCGCGAUCUCCGUCAGGAGGUUGAAAAUCAGAAGCGUCUUCUAGAGAACCUUGAGCGAGAAAUCACUCAACAUCUCCAACAGGACAACAACAAGAUCGCAGUCCUUCAGCAGCAAAAUAGCGAACACACAAAACUCCUUACCAUCAUUGCGUUGGUCUUUCUCCCCAUUACCACGAGCUUGGCCAUGUUCGGCAUUGAUGGCGAGACGCUGCCAUUCAGGAAAACCUUUGUCAACUACGUUGUCACAACGGCUUGCUUCGGGAUCAUUAUGCUGGGCAUAUCUACAGCAGUUCUCAAGUGGUCUUGGCAUCGCAACCUUGCUGGACAACUUUCGAGGGCUGCAAUUGCAGGAGGACGAAGCCGUCUACUUGUCAAUGGAUCCAGAUUUAUAGGUGAUCCACACUUUCAGGACGACGAGCUAGAGAUGUCGUAGCUCCCUCUGUUACGCCAGAGCAUUGGAACCCUGGUCUGCCACUAGCUGGGGGAGGACCCCCCGUGGCUUAGAAGGUUCGGGUGUUCUGGUUGUGAAUCGAACCGUGGGUGGUGACGAGAUGGUUGACAGU